AUGCAAGUGGGUUGUGCCGAUGUUGUCAAAGAUGAUCGGCGGUUGACCGCUGUGGGCACCAUUCCUGAUGACCACCGACAGUUGACCACAACCACGGGCGUGGCUGGCUUGAACGGUUGGCAAUGCGCUCCUCAUAGCAUCAACAUUGAAUGCCUCCCGGGGUAUGUCAUGAAAGGAGUAUGCACCAGUGGAAGGACUGCUGACUGCAUGGACUUCUGUGACCCAGACGCCUGGACCGGGAUCCCGUGCGAACCAGCCCCCGCCACUGCAUUGGUAGGCACGGGCACCUGGAGUGCGCCCUUUGGCUUUGGUGGCUUCUCUAGUAAUGAAUUCUAUGAAUGUGGAGAAAAUGAAUAUGCUUGUCAGGCGAAGCUCCCGACUGCGAUGGUGGUUAUGCCCGCUUCAAGUGCUGCCCAGUUGCAUCCGAGCCCAUUGACAUUGUGGGACGGUGGACAUACAUGCGCACCAUAG